CUGGUAGUUAUUUUAAGUAGAUGGCGAUUUAAGGCAGCGUCCUGCAGGGCGGUGCAGCCAGAUGAGAGAGGAGUGAUCAAUCCGGAGAAAAUUCGUGAUCAGAUCGCAUUGGUAAAGCGACAACUAGAUGUCUUUCAACAAUUAAUGGCCGACGAUUCUGCGGCCGUUGACGAUAUAUGCGAGCCGUCACCAUGUUCGUCGAAUGCCGACUCUGAAUCGCCACGUGAUCGUCGUCUUCAUCACUGCUCUCAUCCUCAUUGUGGAAAAGUCUACACAAAGAGUAGUCACCUUAAAGCGCAUUACAGGACACAUACCGGUGAAAAGCCAUACUCGUGUCCUUGGCCAGGUUGUGAAUGGCGGUUCGCUCGAUCUGACGAAUUGACAAGGCACUACCGUAAACAUACCGGUGACCGACCCUUCAAAUGUGCUCAAUGCUCACGGGCGUUCUCACGCAGCGAUCACCUUAGUCUUCAUAUGAAACGGCAUUUUUAA